AUGGCUGACCAGAACCUUCCCGAGAUGUCCGCCUCUGAUGUCAACUUCAUGUGUCAUGUGUUUAUGCACAUGACCGAAAAGCCCGUCAUUGACUGGGACAGCUUCGCUGUUGCCGCUGGCUUCAAGAGCGGAGGUGUCGCUCGAACUCGCUGGGGCCAGAUCAAGCGCAAGUUCGCCCCGGCUGACCAGGCCACCCCCAAGAAGAAGGCCGCGCAGGCUUCUUCCAGCACCCCGACUUCUGGCUCCAAGGUCAAGAAGCCCACUGGACGAGUUGGCACCAAGGGCGCCAAAAGCAAGAAGAUUGUCAAGGACGAGGAGGAAGAGGACGAG